AUGAAUGUGGGUGGUGGGCCUCCACCCUCUUCCCUGUGUGCGUGGGUGGUGCUGCUUAUUUUGGUGGAGUCAGGUGAACCCUACCGGACCCCAUACGACCAGGAACAAGGCCAGAACAAAGACAGGGACAGAGAGAGUACAGACACCAGGACAGACACCAGGGACUACCACAGAGAUGCCAGGCCAGACACCAGGGACUACCACAGAGAUGCCAGGCCAGACACCAGGGACUACCACAGAGAUGCCAGGCCAGACACCAGGACAGACACCAGGGACUACCACAGAGAUGCCAGGCCAGACACCUGGGACUACCACAGAGAUGCCAGCGAGGUGAGGGGUACAGAGUGUCAGCGGUGCUGUGACCCCGGAGAGGAGGUCCGUACUCAGUCUGCCAACCCCCAGUACCCACAACACUACCCACAGUACCAGGCGGUGCCACAGAUCAACAUAACCAUCCUCAAAGGUGAUAAGGGGGACAGCGGCCAGCGAGGGCCCUACGGUAAAUCUGGCAAGUCCGGCCAGUCCGGCCCUCGUGGGCCCAAUGGCAUCAAGGGCACCAAGGGGAGCAUAGGGACCCCGGGGGACCCCUGCAAGGUCCAGUACGCUGCCUUCUCCGUGGGCCGCAAGAAGGCCAUCCACUCCAACGACUACUACCAGACCUUAGUGUUCGACACUGAGCUCGUCAACCUCUACGGACACUUCAACAUGUUCACCGGCAAGUUCUACUGCUACGUGCCGGGAAUCUACUACUUCAGCCUGAACGUGCACACAUGGAACCAGAAGGAGACGUAUGUGCAUGUGAUGCAUAACGAGAGAGAGGUGGUGAUCCUGUACGCCCAGUCUAGUGACCGGAGCAUCAUGCAGAGCCAGAGCCUGAUGCUAGAGCUGGAGAGAGAAGACCAGGUGUGGGUCCGGCUGUUCAAAGGAGAGAGGGAGAACGCCAUCUUCAGCGAUGACUUUGAUACCUACAUCACCUUCAAUGGACACCUUAUCAAGCCCAAGAGCGAGGGGUAGGGGGAAGGGGUCGGUUGGGGCAGUGUCCCAAAUGGCACCCUAUUGGCUGUAUAGUCCACUACAUAGGGAACGGGAUCCCACUUGGGACGCAUUCUAGGGGGGUUGUGGGCUUGUAUGAUGGACCAGUGUGACGCGAGAAGGAGACCAAAAUCUGAAGAAGAUUGGUUCCCAGUUCAUAGAAGAAUGUCUUAACUUUCUUUUUGUGUCUUUUUAUGUGUGUUAUUAUUGUAUUUUAAUCCAGAUAUCAAGAGAGACAUUGACUUACUUUGAGAAGUAAACCAAGCCACUUGUUAAUUUGACAAAAACAUGUUGCACACACAGCCUGAUGAAGAUUGAUGAUCUGUUUUGUCAGGAAAUAGCCAAACAGAAUCAAUUCAAGAUGGCCACUGUUCAAGAUGGCCACUGUUCAAGAUGUUAAACAGAGCAGAGAAAUAUUAUCCUCAGGGUAGGGACGUCCCAAGGAGCCCACUAACCAUGUUCAAAGUGCCUUGAUUGCGUGAAGCAUCGUCUUGCAGCCAUACCAUUCUUACAGUACUGCUUUCAAUUUUGGCCAGUAAAUCUAAAAAAUGACACAUUGACUCCCUGCAACACUUAGGGUGCAUCCCAAACGGCACCGCAUUCCCUAUUUAGACACAUAAGGUUCUGGUAAAAAAAAAACGGUGCACUAAAUACAGAAUACCGGUAUAGUGCUAUUUGGGACGCAGAGCCUUUAUGAACCACGUAUGUUGUGUGAUGCAAAGUAUUAUGAUUCGUAUCAACUUUGCACCCAGAUAAACUGUAUGUGUUAAGAGCACUCCUCUGUCCCGGUCCUCGUAACCAGGAGACCAAGGCACAGCUUGAUUGGAAUACAGUCUUCUUUUAUUAAAACAAAGAACACUUAAACAAACAAGCCACUAUAAACUAGUGCUGACAUGCAACUACACAUAAACAAUAACACACAAAAUACCCAAGGCCUAUGGCUACAUAAAUAUGGUCCCCAAUCAGAGACAACGACAAACAGCUGCCUCUGAUUGGGAUCCAAUCUAGGCAACCAUAAACAUAUAAACCCCUAGAUAUACCAAAACC